GUUAGCUAAAGACCUGAUUCAAGUUACACAACUUAAACCAGAACCGUGGAUUGCAAUGGGUCAUUUUUGCAAUGCUACUAACCGAAAGCCCAGAGCUGUCUACUUUGCCCAAAAGGCUCACACUAUCGACAGUCGUAACGUACAAGCACUUGUUUUGAAAGCGAGUUUAUUACAAGCGUUGGAGAAGCAACAGGAGGCCUUGCUACAUUUCCGCGAGGCAGUGAAGCUGGCUCCGUGGAACUUUGAAGCACAGAAAGGUCUUGUUGAGUGUUACAUGUCGGCAAAACGACACAAGGAAGCUUUAGCCGUGGCAAAGAACGCCCACAAGACUUUAGGAGCCAACCCACGGACUUUAACUCUUUGUGCCUCGGUUAUGGCUCAUGAACCGUCUCAAUACGAUAAGGCCACCAGUAUGCUGGAAAAAAGCUUGGCUCAAGACGAGACUUAUACGGAUGCUGUAUGUCUGUUGGCGGAAAUCAUGGGCAAGAAACAGGAAUACAACAAAGCUAUUGCUCUGUUACGUAAACACAUGAGUCACGACCGUACAGCACGACUGCACCAGCUGUUAGGAGAUUAUCUAGCACUGACAAGUGAUUAUCAGGGAGCACUGGACCAAUACACCCAGGCACUGAGCAUGAAUCCCGGGGAUAGUAAAGCGUUGGAAGGAAUGCAAAAUGUCGAAAGAGCGAACGGGGGAGAAAUGGAACAUGAAAGUGGAGAUGAAGCCGAAGAAACAAACGGUGGAGUCAGUUUAGAAGAGGAGGACAUUGAAGAUGAAGAACCUUGGGCGCCACAAGAUAUUCGUGGAGCA